AUGUCUCAACCACCAUCAGGAAACCAAUCGCGCUCCUCUUCUUCCGGUCCUCCUCCUGCUCAACAACAACAACGUUCCCAGUCUCGAAAUCGGGGGCGUAGCAGGACUCCACGCAGCGCAUCUGCCAGUAGCGGCGCAGACUCUGACGCUGGCCCUGCCAAAGCACCUCGUAACCGUCGUCGCGGAGGUCAACGCCAAGGCGGUGGACUGCCAGGUCUCGACGAAGUCGACGACACAGGCAAACAAGUCACCAACACCGCUAAAGGUGCCGUCGAUAGCGUCGGUGACGCCGUCGGAGGGGUUGCCGGCGGCGGCAAAAAAGACGACGACGAAGGUGGCGGCGAUAAACCUUUGAAGCUCCGCCUCGACCUCAAUUUGGAUGUUGCCGUCGAACUCAAAGCCAAGGUCCAUGGCGACCUCACUCUGUCAUUACUGUGA